CACUGUUAACUUGAGUUGCACAUGCUUGUUUUUUCAUAUUUUAAAAGUGAAAAAUGUCCUAAAGGGUGACCAAAAUGAAACGUAAAUAGUGUUUGUGAAAAGAAUUAAGCCAAGAGAAGCAAGAUCUCAUAAAUGUUUAGGGCCUGCCUUAUACCGGACUUCUGAAAAAGCCGACCCACAAAAGGCGUGCAGCAAAAGCGAGUGUGGAAAAAUUCGGAUAUUUGUCGUAAUUUUAAUAAAAAAACAGUCGCAGCUUGAAAAAGUUUUCUUUCAAUAUCAGAAAUGGACAAUUCCGGGAGGCAGGUCAUUAUGGGUCCGCCGGCACCAGUGGCCCCCAUUUCCACCCAACCAAAUUCUGGUAAUCCCACUAAUACUCCUCCGCAAGUCACCAAAGUUGCAGCUCCGCCCAAGCGGAUAAUUAAAAAGGUUCAGCUAGAUUUCAACAAACUAAAGAAAGCCGGACUCGAUCGACAACUUGCCGAGGUCCUUAGAAAGCAAAAAUUGGAUGGCAAGAAGCCAGAAACCCCAACACCUACUUUUUCGUCAUCCUCUGCCGCUGCGCAGUCGACGUCGACCCCAGCAGAGAGGAAAUUGCAACAGCCACAACAACAAUUUCGUCAGCCUGCACCGCAGACACUUGUGAAGCGUUAUAUGAUCUCGGAGUAUAUUGAAAAGACGGUGCCAAUCCAGCCGCCUCACAAUCUCGCAGUGAACCAUCCGACCGAUGUCGACCGUUCGAAGCAAGUGAAGACAUUGUUGAAGAACAGGAUACUUAACAAGAGUAUGACGAUGGGUUCGCAGGCCCAGCAGAUGCCAACCACGUCCAAGGCAGCACUCCAUACGCCUCCAUCUUCUGCCCAGGGUACCGCUCCUCGUGUUGCAGGGACCUCUUCAACUCCUGCCGCCUUCUCUGUGCCCAUCGCCAAGGCGGACUUGACUGUCCGCCCAAAGAACCCACCACUGCUGCUCAAUUUGGUUAAUCAACUGCCCAAAUAUCGCACCGUGUGCGGAUCGAGUAACAAGCCGGUAACAAAUCAAAAAGAGAUUGCUGAACAGCAUUCUUCAGGUAUUUCUAAACAGAAAGUUUCACAAAGUCCGCAAAGGAUUCCUGUGCAACCCCAGCAGCAGAUAUCCAUCCAAGCUCUGUCACAUAAUCCUCUUCAGCCACCUCCAGAAGUUCUUAUAACUCAAACAGCUCCUGCGGUUUCCAUUGGCAGCAAUAAAAGCCCGUCACCGCCAUUGAUUGUGCUGGAGAACAAGGUGUUGGCACCCAAUGAAAAGAUCGAUUUGAGUGGACUGCGGCUGCCAAAUGCUCCGGUUACCACUACUGUGCCACAGGUCGAACCACUGAAAAACCCCAUUCAAGUCAAUCCACAAUCUAAGGUAAUAAAAGGCAAGGUGAUAAUGAAUGCCAAUAAGUUAAAGGUUUCGCGGGAGAAGCUGGCGGAAAUGGCCAAAGAGAUCCGAAGUCAGGCGGAGCAGGUGAAACCUCCUUUAACACCAGAACCAAUUUCCACAAAACUCAUUACUCCGACCAUUGAUACACCUUUUACUAUGCAGUCAUUGCUUCAACGAAAAAAGACACCAUUAUUUGCUUCAACAACUUUCGAAGAAAACAACGAUCCUGUAUAUAAUCAAAUUUUUAAAGAUUUGCCGGCUUCUAGUUCUUUGAAUCAAAUCAAAUCAAAAUCAGGCAAUAUACCUGUAUACGAAUCACCAACAUUUAAACCAAUGGAGUUACCUGUAGCCGAAACCAGGGAACCAAUUGUACAUACUACAAAGGUCGGAGAAUUAAGUUCAGGGAUUAUUUUAUCAACUUCUGAGACCAAACAGAUGACUGCUGCAAUAUCCAAACCAUCAGGUGCUCCUCCUUUGCCCGAAAUUACUCCUAAACCAAACGAAUAUUAUAAAGAAGUGAACAUUGAAUCAAGCCCUAUUAAACCCACAGAAAUAGAAAAAGUUAACACAGUAUCAAGUCCUGCAACUACUGAACCAAAUGCAUAUUUUAAAGAUAAGGUUAUUGAAUCAAACACUUCUAAAUAUAUUCCAUUGGAAAACAGUAAUUUAAAUAAAGAGAUAGCAGCAGAAAACAAUGAUGUCGGCUUGCCUCAGAUAAACGAGAUGCCUCGAGAUGUAAUUACUGACCAAUCUGUUAUUGAUUUGCCUGUCUGUAUUCCCGCCAAUUCUGAGAAAGAAACUGCAGAACCAAGCAAUCCUGACUUGCCCACUACAUGCAGUUCAAAAAGAAUAGAAUUUUCUAAAAACUCUAAAGUGGCCACGCCACCAGUGCGUAAAAUUGAAACCGCAGUGGAUUUCAUUGCACAAUUAACGGCUGAGCAUUCAUUGGAUGAAAGCAGCUACAUGGAGCUUUCGCUGGAGGAGCAGAGGUUAUGUGCCCUUUUUGGUGGGGGUGGAACAUCAUUCGUUGAUCCAACGCCUGCCAAGAAACCACCACAGCCUGAGGACGAGUUGCCCAUUGGAAAGAUAGUAAAAAUGGAUGAUAUGAACAUUCUGCACGCUACUUUGGAUGUUAACAGUGAUAGUACUAAUGUUCUACGCAUCAGUCCCAAUGCAUCGAUGAUGCAAAGCAGCAUUACCAAUUUGGAUAGAUCAUUGAUAAAUGUACAAGAUGUCACAGAAAAUUCAAUAGUUCAAGUCAAUUUACCAGAACCACAAGUUUUGAUUGCAAGUGAAGCAAAUCCAGUCGCUGAAACUCCAAUUGAAGUUUCCAAAGAGAAUUUAACAAACUCAGAGGAAUCCACAAUUCUGGUAACAGAAGAACAGAACAAAUUGGAAAAGUCAGAAGUGCCUUUGGACGAGAUCAAAGCGGUGUCCGAUGCAGAGUCCAAAAAGGAAGACAAACCUCCAGUAAAAAGGGCACCAAUCAGAUCCAAAAAAGCUAAAAUUAAUCUAGUUCAACGGACGAAAAGACCAAGCAUACCAAAGCCAGUUGAAGCAAAGAAAACUAAGCUAGAAUUUGAGGAGGACGUUGAGGAGACGUUGGCUAGCGAUCCCACCUUCCUGGAGGAUCGAUACGGAGCCGCAGAAAUCGAGGUAACAGUUAAUUUAGAUAGUCUAAGCUCAGACAAAGUAAAUUUAAAUUCAUCUAGUGUUAAAACCAAUCCAAAGGUGCCAGCAGAUGAGGAGCAGCGUUCAGAAGAAUCCACUGAGUCCAGAGAGGAAGCUGCCAGUGAAGUUACUAGUCCAGUUGAAGUCGAGGAAGAUGCUACCCAGGUGCCUACCGGAGAAGGGAAAGCAGAGGAAACUAAAGUAAAUACCCAGGAAGAACAUCAACGUGACUUAACCCAGCUUUACCAAACACCAAAAAUGCCCAAAAAUAAACCCAGCAAGAAGGCCAUUACUCAAGAGGUUUUGGAGGAUGCACAUCCCUCAAAAUCAGGAUCUCCUGUCUCCCUAAUAGAUGUCCUAUCACAGGAUUUACCUCCGCCUCAGGGCGAAGCUCAGCUGCCAUUUCGAAAGCAGACAAUCGAGUUAAAUCUCAGUGCAAGCACGUCGGACGCCACAGGCAUACAAAAUUUAAUUGGACAUUUGACUGCUGAAAAGAUUACACCGCAGGCCAAGAAGUUAUCUCUAACAUCUAAGUCAGAGGAACCGCCAAAACCCCGCAAAAAGCUUGUAAAAACGCGUCCGGUUCUUAGCAAGAGAUCAUCGAAAGCUGUUCAGAAAAGCCCACAGGAAAAGCCGAAACAUUUAGAAUUUCUACAUCCAGUUAGUGCAAAUGCGGGAGGUCGCAUUCCCACUUCCAGUACUAGCGAUGAUGAUAGUUCCAUAUUUCUGGGAUUCGAUAACAAAGAGGAUACGGAUUCUAAGAUUCCAGAAAGGAGCAAUCGAGUGAGUCAAAUGAAGUUAAACGAAACGGAUAUAAGCGAUGACGCAACUCCCGAUUAUGAUGAAACUGAGGAGGAACAGCCAUCUGUGAACGAAUCCGAGGUUGACACCCAGAUUAGUACGACAAAACAUAAGGUUGUGGGAGAUUUUUUUAGUGAUUCAGAUAGCAGUAACUGCGAAGCUCCCAGUCCAAUAGAUUUAGGGGAUAACGCAUCAAUCAAUGAAGAAGAAACUGCUGAAGAAUAUCCGAGGAAAAAAGAAACUAUUUGGGAAAAUCUUGUGAACGAGAAAGCGACUGAAUGCGGCAACGAUAAAGAGGUUCCCAAAGAAGAUAAUGAUCGCUCUACCACAACUGCAGUUGAAUCUGGCCCACCAACACUGGAUGUAGAUUCGAGUUCAUCUGCUGAAAUUCAUAGCAUCUCCGCUGCUAAGAACAUUUUGGGUGCAACUCAACCCAAAAAGUCAGAAUCUGUGAUAAACGAAAAGGGACCAUCAAGUGAAUCGGAUGUAGUAGAAACACCAGAAAAACCUUCUCCGAGCAAAGAUACUUUUACAAAAAUUAGGUCAACAAGGAGUUCGUCAAGAACACCAGGAUCUUUGGCUGACAGUGAACUCAAUAUCAAUUGUUCUGGAAAUGACAACGUACCUCAGUGCAAUAUUCAAAACAUUGAUCAACCUGAAAGGAUUAUAAGUACUGUUGUGACUUCUGAAAAAAUAAUAAAGGAUAGUCAGGACAGUGAUCUUAAUAACAUAUCAGUGGCAGAAGAGAAUAAAGUAACUGACUUUUGUCGGGAAGAAGAAAAAAUUACUGAAGAACUUGUGACAGCUGCAAAAUCAAGAGGAAAGCGAAAAUCACGAUAUUCAGCGCCAAAAACUAAAGAUACUGUGGAUUCUCAACCAGACGCGGUUACAGACGCCGAGGUAUCUUUGGACAAUAUCGGUAAUAGUAAAGAGGAAAAGGAAAUUGAAGUAACAGAGGAAAACUUAAUGACAGCAGAGCAUACAGAUUUAGUUGAAACCCAGGAAGAGCUUACUGAAAAACCAGAAGCGCCCGCAAAAUCAAAGGGAAAACGAAAAUCUCGCUGUACCACGUCAAAGAGUAAAGAAGCGGAUACAAAAACAGAACCAACUUCUAAGGACACAGCUUCUAAAACACAAGCAAAGAAAUCCUCAAAAAAGAGAGAAACCCGAAGUAGUACACCUAAAGAAAAUGAUCCAUUAAUUGUUAAACCUGCUGAGUCUAAAGAAGUUAAAGAUUCUGAAGGACUUAAUGAAGCUAGUACUUCUGUUAAAACAAGAGGAAAAAGGCAGUCUAGAUGUAGUACGUCCAAAACUGCUGUAAUCACUGCUUCAGUUUCUGAUCCCAAUAAAGUAAUUGAUCCAGUAAAAACACAAGAUAAAAACAACUCUGAUAAAAGACUCUCUGAGGAUCCAAAUGAACAAAAUAAUAAAGAAAAGCGAAAAUCUCGAAGUAAAACUCUGAAUAUAUCAGCUUCUCCUGUUGCUCAGUCUCAAGAAGUAUUGAAUUCGGAGCCACUAGAAGAACAGGAAAAGGUUGGUACGUCCGAGGAAACAAAUUCUGUAAAAACUGAGACAAAACCAAAAUCUCGAAGAGGUAGACCUAGAAAAACCGCUUCUGAGUUAAACGCAGAAAAAUCCCUUACAGAAACGCAUUGUGAAUCUGCUAAAGUUGAAAAAGAUACAAUCGAACAGGACAUACCCAAAAAAUUAAGAGGAAAGAGACAAUCCCGAUCUACUCCCAAAUCGAAUGCAACAGCUUUUGAGGAUACUCAGAUUUCGAUAGAACCUGAAGAACCUCAUCAAGUGGAAAGUGAUACUCUGCUAACUCGGACAAAACGGAAAACGUCAUCUCGUUUCAGUUUAGCUCCACCGAACACCUCAAACACCGCAGCAAGUACGCCUGAAAACUACGAAGUUUCCGAACCAUCAACUAAAAAAGAGAGAAAUAGUAGUGUAAAUAGUGCACCAACUGAAAUAUCAAGUCCAACAAUAUCUAAACAUGAUGAGCCGAAAGUCCCAGCAAAAAGAGGAAGAAAGCGAAAGUACCCUGUCGAUUUGGAAAAUUCGGAAUUACCUAAUCAAGACGAGCCGAAAAUCCCAGCAAAAAGAGGAAGAAAGCGAAAGAAUCCUGUCGAUAUGGAAACGGAAGCGGCCAAAAAACCAAACACCAAUGAAAAUUCGGAAGUAGUAAGCAGUUGUGACUAUAAUCUGCGGCUGUUACUCAUUAAAAAACGUGAACAAUUGGACACAGAAGAAGAACUAACCGAGGAUGGGAAGGGUGAGGGUCCGUUGCAAUGUGGCCUGUGUUUGGUACGUUGUACUGCCAAAAACUGGAAGAGCCAUCUGGGCGAGCACUACGGAGUCGGUUGGGUUGUCGGAGAUCCACCCAAAAAAAUAACGCGUCCUUGGGUAAUGGCAUCCAUGAAGAGUUAUCUCGAGAGUAGCACUGGAAAGUUAACGUGUCGUCUUUGUAAUCACCAAUUGGGUUCCUACCUGGGCAUGAUUCUCCACCUGGAGGGUUGUGGCAACAAGGAGCGUCUUACGUGCGAUUACUGUCAGCGCACCUAUACCAAACUCUCACUUCCGGUGCAUAUACGAUCCUGCCCAAAGCGUCCAAUUUCCGAAAAGGAGGAAGAGCCUGCCGAAGAAGAUGUUAAUGAAACGGUUUUCAGCAAUGCUGGCCGUGCCAAACGGAAGUCCACAAUCAAAGCUGAAACAAAAUUAAAGAAAAUAGGCGAAGAGCUGACUUCACAGAAAACCUCCAUUAAAAACGAUUUCGAUGGCGAUUCAUCGGACUACGACAUGGCAAAAGACAAAGAAUCGUCUGAGGAAUACGAUUCGGAAGGAGUUGAUUCCAAUGAGGACGCCUUGAGCACCGAAAACGAGGAAACCCUUGCUGAUAGCUCUUCGAUUAACAAUCAAAAGAAAUCAAGGCAAGGAAGAAAUAUUGACAAGAAACGGGCAGUACAUCUGGGAGAAUGUCAACAGAAGCCCUUACUUUCACGAUAUCAAUACUUGGAGGCACGGGCAACCCGUAAAUGGAAUGAAUUCACGCAGCAGAAUUAUUCAGUUGGUCCCUUGUUCAGUCAACUGAUGCCCAGCUAUUCAAAGACUUCCCUUCAGGAAGCUAACGAUUUGCUGCCCUCCAAGGAUACAACAUCCAUGCGUUAUGCCUACGGCGAGGUCAGCAAAGAGGGCAACUGGAAACAACUGGCACCGCUGGAGGGAUUUAGUGAACACGGUGAAUAUGUCGGCUAUCUGGGCAAACCAAUUAAAAGACUUGAAUGGGUUCCUCUGCCUCCAAAAGUUGCGGAUCAGUAUUUGCUAUGUUCACUUCGUUCAAAAAUGAAAACGUUUGCAAGGCACACAAUAUUAAAGGAUGAAGACUCCCUUUUGAUGUUGCUAAAAUUUACUGCGUCAUCAGUCAAUCCAAAAGAUAAAUCAGCAUUGCGGCCGGAGCUUCAUUAUGGAAUUCGUGUGCCCCACGGACCAGUUCACAGUUUCUGCUUCUUGCCCAGCGGUGGCUACGAUGAGUCAUCAAAUCGUUUAGGCGUUUUGGCUGUGGCUAAUGCCUCUAGUGAUGUCCAGAUUUACGCGUUGCCUUUGAACCUGAAGAAUGAUGAAAGUGCAGGAGCUAAUGUGGUCCUUCAACUGGAUUCCUUGAUUACUCUUAGCUUGGAUGUCAACAAUCCUGUUCGGGAUCAGUGCACUAAAAUUUGCUGGUCACAGGCUUCGGGACACAACUUCUUAGCGACUGGCUAUAGUACCGGAAACAUAGCCUUCUGGGAUAUUGACUAUUCUGACAAUCUAAAUUGUUUUAAGCGGGAUAAACAGACCUAUUUUGCACCUGUAAAUACAUUUUACAUAGGCGAGCGGAAUAUCCAAUUUAUGGACCUACAUUACGACAAUAAUGGACCACGUUGGCUUGCAGUUGGCACUCUUAUAAAUCAAUUUAAGGUUUACGAUAUUGCAAACUGGUCGAAGCCAUUCAUUCUGACAGAGGAACCUAUCCACACUCUCUAUUUGGCUAGCUUUACUUGGUCACCGAUUUGCGAGGCGCUAGUUGUCAGUAGUGCAAAUUACACCCGGUCGAUAGCAGUAAGUCCAGCGGGGAUCAAGUUCGAGCACAAGACUCUCGAUGGAACCCUGACGACGACACGUGACAUGCACACGAAUUGCCAGCAAAAUCACAUGGUGUUUGUGACAGACGAUGGCGAACUGGUGUUCCUGGAUGUGCGAGACCUCAACUGUGGUCCUGAUCUGCACAAGAGAGUACUCAACUAUCGAGCCGUGUCCACAACCGAGUUGCAUCAUCUGGGCGGUAGUGAUCCCAAACCCACGGAAGCCCUUGAUGCGGAUGAGUUUCUUCGGGACUAUGGGGUGCAAAUCAAUCCUCUGGUUACCGAUCAGCCGAAAAAGAAGAAGAAGAACUUGAACCCCAAACGACGACCUCCAUACGUAAAAAAUUUGGCCCUGACUCGAUUCAAUUGCGUUCGCUGCAAUUGGAAUUCGCCGGCCCACUCUUGGGUUGCCAUGGGCGCAGAACACGGCCUGUUGCGAAUCCUUAACUUCAAUCGAGAUAAAUUCUUCUAAAGGAUAUCUUGGUGACUUCCCUCUUGCAUCUGAAUGUCUUCUGAACAAGCACCGUCUGAGAUUAUAACUUAUUGUUUUAGCACUUAAGCUGAUUAGUAGUAGGACUCGUCAUAGCUGAGUUAAAAUUAUGUUCGGAAAUUGUUUAAUAAUAAUUUAUAUAUAGCUGUUGUAAAAAUAUAUAUAUUAUAUAUUUUAUAUGGA